UGCAAAGUGUACUUCAUAUAAAAGCAAAUAGUCUGCAGAGCGAAUAUCAAAACUCACUUACCACUUCAACUCCAAAGAAGUCCAAUCUUCAGUAAACAUUAUCAACAUGUUCAAAUUGUUCGCUGUCUGCUUCCUCGCCCUCUUCGCUGUUGCCUUCGGUGCUGCUAAGCCCGGUCUGCUGGCUGCUCCUCUGGCUUACUCCGCUCCAUUAGCCGCUGCUCCCGUUGCUGCUGCCUAUGCUGCUCCAGUCGCCGCUGCUUACUCCGCUCCAUUAGCCGCUGCUCCAGUUGCCGCUGCUUACUCUGCUCCCCUCGCCUACACCGCAGGAUAUGCUGGUUACGUCGCACCUUACGCCAGCAGCUACUCCGCUCACUCGAUUGCCCACUCCGCUUCCCCAGCCGCCUAUGCUGCCGCUCCAGUAGUUGCUGCCCCAGCGCCCGCGGUCGCUGUGUUACGCAAAUAGAUAGGAAAUUUUGUGAUACUUAGUUAACGAGAAUUCUAUUUUCUAAAAGUGAUACGCUAAAUGCGGAAUAAAGUGAAUCUGUAGAUUAUAUAAAAUA